AUGAUUGCUCAAGUUUAUGCCGAUGAUAUUGUCUUUGGAUCUACGACAAAUAAGUUAAAGAAUGAAUUUGUGGAGUUCAUGCAUUCAAAAUUCGAGAUGAGUAUGGUAGGGGAGCUGACAUACUUCCUUGGAUUGAAAAUCAAGCAAUGUACUGAUGGGAUAUUUCUGAACCAAAUGAAUAAUGCAAAGAAUAUGGUUAAGAAGUUUGGUAUGAAGAGUUCUAAGACUGUUAGAACACCGUUGGGACAACAAGACAAGCUGUCUACGAAUGCUGAAGGAAAGGAUGUCGAUCAGAAAUUGUAUAUGAAUCACUUGAAAGCCGCAAAGAGAAUUUUGAGGUAUAUUCAUGGAACUUCCGAACUUGGAUUGUGGUAUUCUAAGAGAUCAUCACUUGAUGUAAUUGGAUUCACUGAUUCCAAUUGGGCCGGAUGCCGUGAUGAUCAGAAGAAAGUGGAGUAUGUAGCUGCUGGAAGUUGUAAUGCACAAUUGUUAUGGAAUAAGAAAAUGUUGGAGGAUUAUGGUAUUGAGAAUGAGUCGUUUAUACUGUGGUGUGACAACACCAGUGCAAUCAACAUAUCAAAAAAUCCACACAUUGAGACUGAUUUUCAAAAGGCAGACAUCUUUGACCUAGCCAUUGGAUUGCGGGUGGCACGGGGUAGUGAGACUGUGGCGAACAUUGUACUUGACAAGAAGUGUAGCGAAUCUCUUGUUGACAAAAUGGAGAUCAACGGCCUCGACCCAUUUGCUGACUUAAUUGACUGA